CUGUAACAAUGUUUCGAUAGUUUUUCCUAAAGCAAUUAAAGCGUGAGUAUUUUGAUUACAUACGAACCCAUAUUGUUCGGGCUCUCCAUCCCGCGUUAAUCUCUCGUACAACAAACCCAAUGAAUUUGCCUUUGAUGCUCAUGCUUAGUACCCUCGAUAUUUUUACGAACGCAAUCACCUGCUGAUUAGCUAUGAAAUUCAGAUGAGAUAUGGCGAGAAUUUUUACAGCUUCUUAUAUCCGAAAUGCCUGUCUUUCGGAUAUUGUACAUGAAUGCACCGUACUUCAUACUUUUUUGGAUUGACACGUAAUUUGUUCUGUGUUACUGUCCUUAAAUUUGAUUGUCCUGCUACACGCUGACAGCCAUUUAAAGAUUUUUUUAGCCAAAAACUCAUACGAUACCAACGUACUUAUUUUCAGAAGCAUUUUUCCUUUAAAAUUCCGCCUGUGUCUCUCUUGGGUUCUCUCAACCGCGGGACGACCAACACAUCAUUCAUGGUUUUAAACUGCUUGAAAGUGUAAUAACGCUUUAUUAGUUUUCUUAAUAGGUUCUGUUGCUCUGGGUGUCUUAGCAAUCAAUUCUAUGGUUUAGUUUUUCUGAAGCAUAAACCUGGUUUACUCAGUGUUUCCUUUUACUAAUAAAGGCAUUCAUUUGCUUGUCAAACCGUUGACACAGCUCAACUCUGCUUUAUCUAUUAUCAGAUUGGGUUCAGCCUUGUCAUUCGCCCUUUUAUCUUGCUUACUUACUUCGACCGUACCAACGCACUUUGUGUAUAGACUAUCGAAAUGACGAAAAUCGUUAUAUAUGCUAUAUGUGGUGACUGUGUUGGCGAAAUCCUUUUUCAUCAAUGGUAACUCUUUAGGGUAUUGCGAGGUCGUAGGCGUUCUGCUAGUUACUCCAAGGAUCAUCCCUAAAGACUUCCCGGGUCGAAGUGAUGUGCGGUCUAGCUCAGCUCGAUUUGAAGAAGCUGCAACCCCCUUUGCUUGAUCUCUUUUUUUUUUCAAUCCAUACGAGCCUUCGCGUUAUCGAUGCGAUGGAGACGAGCAAACUGCCCAAUAGUAGAGUUAUAAAUGCAAGGAGUGCCAAUUAUCUCUACCGUAUAAGACACCUGUCCAAACUUGCUCUGAGAAGGCUUCGCGCGAAUCUGAUAUAAAAAAUAGUUUCCUUCAUUGACGCAAAUUGUGUAGUUGUAUAUGCUGUUGACGACAUCUGAGGCAGCGACACCUGGCCUCUCUCAGUAAGCCACUGCGUCGACAAAUCUGGCUUGGUUAUCUAACUCUUACGCCCUCUCUCAUUCUCCGAGAAAGCAUCGGCAGAACUUUGGACGAAAUGGACCUUCGUCAGCUUUAUCAGUCAAAUUUAGAGUCGACUCCAUGUGCAUCUAUCUGAGGCAAGUGUCGAUCCUGUCGACUGUUGCGUGCUUAGCAGUGCAGAAGUUGAUUAAGCAAAGUGACAUUGUGAUUAAGAUCAAUAAUCGGUAACAUGGCUGCACGAAAGAGACAAACCUGUUGUGACGCAGGACCAGAGAGAAAAAGGUUCUUUCGCGAAGUCGAUGCACUGAGCAAGCUGAAAGGAUACGGCGAUCUUGCCGAGAUGAUGCGGAGCCUUCGUGGCCUAUCGCGACCUGUUAAGAAGCUCCUAGAGCAGAUCAGCUCUGACGAGCUUGAUGUUUAUUUCAAAUGUCAUAACCAAGGCCUGAAGCUUUUUGCAACGAUAUGCCGCUAUGGAGAUUUUGAUGAUGUGCGCUAUGCUGUGAAAGUGUUACGACUCGACAAACUUCCGCCUGUGAACACGUCGUUAUCUGGGACCUUCUAUUGUCCUGUUUAUUCAGCAAUCUGCUCAGAUAAACGUAAAUUAAGUGUAAUUACUUAUCUUUUAAAAAGCGGCUGCACAGUGUCGAAGUGGGCAUUUCUCGGUUGGACCCAGCUUUCAUGUGACAAAACAGAGCUGCGUGACUUGCUACAACUGCUUGUAGAAUUCGGCCGACAUAAAAUGCCAUCAACUUCAGAUCUUCUCAAUUCAGCAACCAGUCAACAUAUUGAUAUUUUAAAUGAAUUUGUCCAAUUUACCCUCGAUGACAUGCGUAAAGUAGCAUAUCGAGGCAUCAUUAAUGCGGUGGAUCAAAUGAGCGCGAGGUAUCCGGCAGAAACAGAGAAAGACCGCAAUCAGCUUGCAGACAUUUUUGAGUUAUGUGAGGUAUCACGUCACUUUCAUUCGUCUUCAGGUUCAUUCAAGGAAUUGACAUAUUUUCGAAAAUCCCUGUUAUUUAGGCAAGGGCCUAAGGAGAAGAAGAAGCGCAUCUACUUCGGUCAAUGGAGAUUGUUCGAAUCUAUUGAAGACAUCGAGCGCUUAGAAAAGCAGUUAGGUGAAGAGGAUUACCUGGAGACCAAUUGGCAGAUUCUAGUUACCUGUUUCCGGCUUGGAUGGCUACCACGUGAUAUGUACUUUCGUUUCUUUCAGAGGUCACGUAUUGACAAGCUAAAGGAACUGGCUGACAUAAAGUCAUUUAUGCUAUGCCCUGACAUUGAUUUAUCGCAUACUUUCGCACAGCACCUGAGCCAAAUAAUUCAUUUUCUCAGAUUUUUCGAGAAUUAUUGCUUUUUUAUCCUCAAUAGGACCCCACGGCAUCGACUAAGUGUUUUGUCCGAUCUCUACAGCUGUUAUAUGGCAUUUAACAUCAUCUACGUGGGAGCGGCCGUUUUCGCUCAAAGAACGUGUCGGCAACGUGUUCUUCGGUACUUUCAAAAUCUAGUGUUACUGAUGGACACUAGCAAUUUAGACGAACAGCUGUACGAGAUAAAAAAAUGGCGUGACGAAAGUCUCUUCGUUCUGGCUGUCUUAUAUGAUCCUGCAUUGCCAAAUGAACUAAUCGAAGAGUUAAUGUUACAGCUACUACAGCGAGGCGCUAGCAUAAACUGGUUACCUGGCCAGGUAGUGAGCGCGUUUUUUCUCAUAUUGAAAGACUCUUGCGUAUCGGUCAGUCUUCGCGAAGAGCUAAUCGCUCGAACAUGUUGUCGAAUGGAAACAAGUUUAGAGAGGCUUGUAGUACAUAAAAUCAACGUUCCACAUUUAAAGGUCUUUCGUCUUCGUUGUCUUGCGGCCGCAACGUGCCGUCAACUUUUCAGUGAAGACGUUCUCAAGCGGGAUCUGCCGGCAUCGCUAGUGCCAAUUAUCUACCACCACCCGGUCAGAAGCCACUUCAACGAAAGUUGGUCUCGAAGAGCCCUUCUAGAAAAAGUAGCCCGCCAAAACUUCAACGUCGAACACCUAGAUGUUUAAGCAACGAAAGUCUUUCGCCGGUGGUCCACUAAUCAUAUGAGUCGCGUCGGCAUUAGCGUCAUUUGAAGACUGCUUUCGCAUUAACAGUUGCUGAUCAAGUAAAGAAAAAGUUGCAAGAACUGAACAAGACGAUCACAUGAGUAGCCAUGAGAUGGAUAAGGGACAAAGCAUCGACAACCAACGAUUCUUACGCGAUCUAAAGAAGCCGGCUACAAAAAUAAGGUCGGUGUUUGGCUGCCAGGCCGACUAGCGUAAAACCGACCGUAUCUUCGUCUGCACAGUUCUACAAAGACGUAACCAAAUCAAGACUAGUUUGACUACCGAUGAUGAAAAAGAGGUCACAUAAAAGAAAAUUAAAAAUAUAUGCUCCACAAUCUGCGAUCAAGCCCAACCUGACGUUAAAGAAGGUGAUGCUAUAUGUUUCGUGACACUGGGAAAGAAUUGUGCAGUUUGAGCUAUUGCCGUCAAGCAAAACGAUUAAUUAGGACUUUUACUGCCAACAACUAAAAAAAUCACAAGUUGUUAGAAAAACUGACGGAAUCAACCGGAACUACUGAAAAGGCGUUCGCUUCGACUGAUGCCAAACCACAUAGAACUAUCUGGCAAAAAUGUUGAGUCUUUGGAUGAGAAAUUUUUUAUAUCCGAUAUAUAUAUUAAAUAAACGAGUGCAAAGGUCGCUAGUCACAAUUUUUGCUCAACCACAGAACUAUUAGAGUAAUGGGGUUAUGAGCCUGCCUGAGAAAUAUAU